CGAGCCGGUGGCGACACGGCAGAUAAUGCGAAUGUGAGAUGCGGACCCGGGCACUCCGGACAGGAACAGCGGCCGCCGCAGCCCUAGAUACAGACCCAGCGCUCUACCCUUUAGACUCGGCCUCUGUUUCCGCCUUAGCCCCGGCCUCGGCAGCGGACGCGGUGUGGGGGGCCGUGCGGGGCGGCAGGUGGAGGAGCGGCAGAGUCCGGGGCAAGACGUGCGUCCCGAGGAGCAGCCACCGCCUCCAUAAACACUGCUUUAGGACUCAGUAGCCCCUGGGGCCCCCGGCGGCCUUCCCCCCACCAUCCCCCCCACCGCAUACCCCAGAGCCCUCGCCGCCCCCUGCGCGGCAAUGGAGGCCCAGCCUCGGCCCAGCCUCGCCGCUGCAGCCGCAGCCUCUUCCACGCAGCCGCUCCGCUCGGAGCAUGUGGCGAGGCUCCGAGAGGAGCAGGAAAAGGUGGUCACUGGCUGCCAAGAAAAGAUCCAGCAUUGGAAGAAGGUAGAGCAUGACUAUGAGGCUCUUCAAGAAAGACUCAGCACAUUGCCUGAUAAACUCUCUUAUGAUAUUAUGGUACCUUUUGGUCCUCUUGCCUUCAUGCCAGGACAACUUGUUAGUACCAAUGAAGUCACAGUUUUACUUGGGGACAACUGGUUUUGCAAAUGCUCAGCAAAGCAGGCUGUAGGUUUAGUAGAACAUAGGAAAAAACAUGUUCGAAAAGCACUGGAUGAUUUAAAAAAAGUGAUGAAGAACUUUGAAUCCAGAGUUGAAUUCACAGAAGAUUUAAAAAGAAUGAGUGAUGCAGCAGGUGAUAUUGUUGAUAUAAGAGAAGACAUCAAAAAUGACAUUGAAGUUAAAGGAAAGCACAGAACUGCUCAUAAGCCUCAUUCAAAACCAAAAACUUUAGAUGUAUUUGAAGCAGAUUUUGUAGAUGAUUCAAAAUCCAAAGACAGCUUCCUCAGUGAGAAGGAACUAUGGGCUCGACUUGAUGAACUUGAAAGACAAGAAGAUCUUUUGGGUGAACUCAGUAGAAAAUCUGAUACUUUGUUUGCAAAUGGAGAAGAUAUGACCUCUUCUGAAGAGGAGAAGGAAGACCAAAAGAUAGAUGUCAUGAAACACAGAAUAACAGAUUCUGUUACUCGGGGCAAUUUUCAAAAGGACAUUACAAAUUCGAAAUUACUCAAUGGCCAAGUAAAUGGUUCAAGUUCUUAUAGUGAUGAAGAUGAUGAUGAUGAUGGUGGUGAUGAUGAUGAUGAUGAUGAUGACGAUGAUGGUGAUGGUGAUGAUGGUGGUGAUGGUGAUGAUGAUGAUUUAGGAGUUGGAGAUAAUUCUGUACCAACUAUAUAUUUUUCUCAUACAGUUGAACCUAAGAGGGUAAGAAUAAAUACUGGAAAAAAUACUACUUUAAAAUUCAGCGAAAAGAAAGAAGAAGCCAAACGUAAACGGAGGAAUAGCAAUGGCAACAGUAGCCAUUCUAUUCCAGAACUUCCCAAUAUCAGAACUCCUGCUGAUGUCUAUAGAGUCUUUGUUGAUGUUGUGAAUGGAGAAUAUGUCCCUCGUAAAUCAAUUUUGAAGUCUCGGAGCAGAGAGAAUAGUGUAUGCAGUGACACCAGUGAAAGCAGUGCUGCUGAGCUUGAGGACCGGCGAGGAGGGAUAAGGAGCCUCAGUCAUGAUGAGGCCGCCUGCAGUGAUGCCAGUGAAGGGAUUUUGGAGGAAGAAGAGGAUGAGCAUGAAAAUCAACAGAAAAAACUGUUAUCCCUUUCAGGAAAACUGGAGGCUUUUUCUGGAACUGUAAUAGAAAAGGAACUUUUAUCUCCUAUAAUACCACACCCAGGCACUGUGCAUCCUGCAUUACCAACCAUACCUGAGCGAAAAGAAGUUGUGACAGAAGUAUCAGAAGAACCUACAAAAAGGAUUUCAAAAUUCAAAGCUGCCAGAUUGCAACAGAGAAACUAAGCCUGCCUAGAAAAUGGAAAUUUGCAUCUUAAAGCACAGUUUUGCAAUUUGUUAUGAAUGUCACUUACAAGUAGUUAGGAGUAAUGCAUCCUGUGUUAUUUUGGCAGCAAGUUAUUUUUACCUCUUUAUCAGUGAUAUUUUAAAAAAUAAAAAAAUAAAUGUUUGAA